UGACAAUCUUUAAACCUCACCACCUUUCUUUUUUCUCUUUCUCUGUGCUGCAAUGCAAUGCUACACACUUUUCUGUGACCACUCUUUUUCUCUGCAUUUUUACUUGGAAUCCCACAAACUCUCACUUCAUUUCUUCCUUAUUAAUCCAACACCCCAAUCUCAGAUUUCCCUCUGAGCUUCCUUGCUUGCUUCUUCUUCUUUUUCCUCGUCCAACAUAGCAUCAUUGCGGCUUCGCCAAUGUUGACCUCCUUCUUCGUUUUUGCCACUCUGGUCUCUCAGCUUUCUGAGGCAACUACAGUAGUGGUGGAUGGAGUUUCAGAGUGGAAAAACCCAACUGUUCAAAUCGGAGACAAUAUCAUUUUCCAGCACAAAUAUCAGUACAGUCUCUUCAUUUUCCAGAACCAGAAUGCUUUCAGUUCCUGCAACUUCACUCAGGCUACCCUUCUUACCAAAUCUGACUCCAAAACUUACACAUGGCAACCAUCCCGCCCUGGUUUCUUCUACUUCUCAUUCAACAAUGGGUCUAACAAGGCCUGCUUAGAAGGGCAGAAACUAGCAAUUAAAGUAACUUCUUCACCGGCCAAAACUCCUUCCCCUUCCCCUGAGCUUCCACCGCAUUCCGGCGGCAUUGUGUCGUCAUCUCCGACGUAUCCGUGGCCUUUCCGGCCACAUGAAACUGCUGCCCCUAGUCCAGCACCACUUGCUCUUCUUCCGGCGAAUAGCCCUCUGGUCCCGGAGAAAGGCGGCGAUCUCCCGUUCAUCAACAGUAACCCUGCGGUGCCUUUGCCCACCGGUGAAGUGGAUUCUGCUACUAUUCGCCCUUUGCCCACUUCCGGGCACCCUCAAAGACAGGUGGUGGGGUUUUUGACAGUUCAAAGAGCUUGGUUCUGUGCAAUUUUCUUGAUGCUGCUAUGAAAAGGCAAAGCUGAAGAGAGGUUUUGAUAGUGGAUGCUGGGGUUGUGUUGCACUAGUAUGUGUAUGUAAAAAGAGAGAUGUUAGUGGAAUUAGCAUGGGGGGCAGGGAGGGAGCUGUAGUUUUGAAUCUAAAGGAGCUUUAAUGGUGAUGAUUAUUUCCAUGUAAUAUGCUGUCCUUGACCCUACUCUUUAAUCAUUGAAACUUUUCUUACUUUAA